GCGUGCGCCUGGGGUAGUGAGCUUGCGCCUGCGCGGGCGAGGACACGGCCCUUGGCGGAGGAGCGAGUCUCUGUUGCCGGAGCCUUUGGGGUAGGAGAAGCGAUGCUGAAGUACUCUCCAUAAUUAACCAAGCUUUUUUCACUACUAUGAAGAUUUUAGAUUAUCACCUGAAUUCCAAGUAGGUACAUACUCUGCUUUAGAAGUUCAUGUUGAAAAACAAGAAAUUCUUCAAAACUGUGAAUUUUUACAGAGGGAUGCCUAAAAGAUUGUAUUUAACUAAAGAGACCAGACUGAAGAGAAAUGUUUUAAACUACUGUGGAAAGCAAAGAAAUAUAUUUUGCUCUCAUUAAAACAUAGAUAUACAUACUGUGAAAGUGUCCUGGUGGAAUAAGCAGAGGCACAAAAAAAAAAAAAAAAAAAAAAAGACAAAUCCUAGUUUUAAAUAGAUUUAUACUUACAAUUUUGCUCAAAUUCUCCUCUAUGCAUGGAUAUACUGCUUCUCCUCUGGAUAUCAAUCUGAAUGUGUUAAAGAAAAAAACCAGUUGAUGGAUGAGUCGGAUGAUGAUUUUAAUGAGCUAUGCUCCAAACUUCUUCGGAGAGUGAGGAAGAAAGGGGCCAAAGAAGGCCUAGGAGAAACAAGGACUCAGAAGGAGGCUAGUAGCAUUCAAACAAAAAGCAAAUUGAAAAGGACCAAGCUUUCAACUAAGACCAAAGUCAGCCAUGACUCCACAGAAAAGAAAACGGAGCUGGGCAAGAGAGGUCUGGCACCAGGGAAUGAAGGAAAAUAUGAAGACCCUUCCCAUCAAAGUAGAGUGGCUCCCACUUCAAAAAGAGAGGAAGAUGUGCUUGCAGCUGCUCAAAAAGAGUCUGUGCCACAACCAAGUCAACCAAAAAACUGGACAGUAGGUGUUCCAGAGGACUCUUCUCAAUCAGCAUCACACUCUUUGAGUGCUCUGUUACCAAGUGUCUCCAAACCUCGGACAGCAGAGCUGGUGUUGCAAAAAAUGCAGCAGUUCAAGAGAGCAGAUCCAGAGAGAUUGAAACAUGCUCCUGAAGGUUGUUCAGUAGAAAGUAUAUUUAAAGAAAAUGUCCCAAAAUCCAUUCAGGAAGAGGAUACACUGAAUAAUGGAAACAUGCCAGGGCUUUCUCUGACAGAGAGUGAUGCAGCUCUGGCUUUGGCUUUGCAGCAGGAAUUUGGUCAGGAGACCCCCCAGAAUUCAGAGAGUCUGGAACAGGAAGGUUUGUUUUUUUGCCAGAUUUGUCAGAAAGAUCUCUCAGCCAUGAAUGCCACUCGAAGGGAACAACAUGUUAACAGAUGCUUAGAUGAGUCAGAGAAGUCAUUGGAACCUGCCUCUAUUACACCUAAGAUCCCAGAGUGCCCAAUCUGCGGCAAGCCAUUCACUACUUCAAAAAGCAGAAAUAGUCAUUUGAAACAGUGUGCGGUUAAGAUGGAAGUGUCUCCUCAGCAACUGGUCCAGGCGGUCAGAAUGCAGACAUUUCAAUCCAAUGAGUGCUUCCCAUCAGCAUCAAGCAAGCCAACUGGUGAAUCAAAGAGAAAAGGGUCAACCAAGGAAAAGAAACCACAAAAAAGGCGGAAGAUAUCCAGGACAGAGGCUGUGUCAGAAGAUCUGCUUGUUGCAAUGGCAAUGUCCCAUUCUCUGAUGGAGGAAUCAAAUGCUGUGACAAACGAUAAUCUUGGAAAUGUGGUUCCAAACAACAUAAGGCCAGGAGCAGAGAAGAAAGGUCGCAAAAGAAAACUUGUUUCCCCCCCUCCAUUGUUAGUUCAAGAUUCAAAGACUUACCUUCAACAGAUACAGGAUCGAGUUGCUAUUCUACUCACAGAGGAAUUAGAGUUAUCUAGCACUCCAACACUUCCACUGAGCAAAAUUUUGAAAGAAGAGAUGGGCAAAGCACAUUGGUGUCUGCUGCAGCCUGAGGAGCAACAAGGCAUUCUGUGGAAGGGCAGCUCCUUGACAGGAGCUUGGCCUCUGGAAUCUUUUUAUGCUAAAGGAUUAGAUCCUCCUAUUUUACCUUGGAAACCUCCAAAGAAUUCAGAAAAGGGGCCUAUGCUUCCAUUAAUGGCAUUUAGCCAAUCCAAACCAGAUGUGCAAGAGCUGCCUGCUUUCAGUGAUUCUACUUCUGAAGGUUUUAACUUAAAAACUCCAGAAGAGCUUAAUUCCAGGAGGCAGUCACUUUCCUGUAGCCAAAAAGACCAUCAGACUCUGCAGGUCCUUUUAGAUCUGGCAGGAGAAGGGCUAACUCUCACCCAGUGGAGCAACAGUGCUGAAACUCAUUCCAGAAGUCUAUCAGGGAAAGAUCUGGAGUCCUGUGAUCUUCCAUUGACUGGAUUUGUCUUGUCAUCCAAAGAGAAGAAAUACCAGAGAAGCAGCAAUUCUGCAUUGUCACUUAGUUUGCUAUCUGCUGAUUUUGGUGCAAUGGUCAACAACCCCCACCUCAGUGAUGUGCAGUUUCAGAUGGACUCUGGAGAUGUGCUGUAUGCUCACAUGUUUGUGCUUUAUGCACGAUGUCCACAACUCAUUCAGAUUGUACACAAUGAAGGUUUCUUUGUAGUGGAAGAUGAGAAUUUGAGGACACGAAGGGUCCUUUUGAAUGAUGUGAGCACUGAAACAGCUCACAUGUUUCUACAGUACCUGUACACAGCUGAUCCUGACAUUCCUGCCCAUCUGCUUGCGGACUUGCAGUCACUAGCCCUCAGGUUUGGAGUAAAGGAACUUGUUGAUCUAUGUGAAAGUAGCCUAGAGGCUACUGAUACUAAUUCAGAAGAUGGUAUGUUUUUAGUGCGGAAAGAAGAAGAAGAUUGUGAAAGUAGAGCAGAAAAUUUCCAAGAACUAUUGAGGUCAAUGUGGGUAGAUGAAGAUAAAGAAUCAGAGCUUUUGCCUAAAUUGGAAGACCAGGAAGAAGAUGACAGAGAGAAAGUAAAUGAAGAGGAAAUGGAUGAAAUUUAUGCGUUUGCUGCUACUCAGCAAAAAAUGCUCCAAAGGAAAUGUCAGACAAACGAAGAUUCGGUAGCUAGCCAUCCAAGGAAGGAAAUUCCAGUAUUUGAAUGUCUACCAGCAAGUGUCACAUUUAAAAAACAGAUGGAUGAUACUUAUAAAAUAGACUCUUCUGAACAAGUUAAUGAUCAAGAGCCAAGUGUAAACAACAAUUUAAAUAUUAAGCAUUUCACUCCUGUGGCAUGCCAGAAAAAGAUUCCAGAUGAUGAGAGUGGUAUAAAGUCUCCUAAAAAAGAUUGUUCACCAAAGCCAACUAAAACUGCUACUCAUUCUAGUACUUCUCAUAUUUUGGUAGAAGACAGAGGAGAUAACCUAAAAGAAAAACUCACAUCUCUAGAUUCAACCCAUGAUUUUGAUCUUGAUAAGAGUUGUGAUGAACUUUUUUCAGUGACUGAAAGAGAGUAUCAUGAACCCUCCCAAAAACACUGCAAUCCAAAGAAACUAAAAGGGACUUUUCCAGUGAAAGAAGUUUCUGGUUCUCCCAUUCUUUGCCAGACACCUCCAUUGCAGCUAGACUUUCUUCCAUCACAUAACCACUGUCAGAGUCCUUCCAGUUCACAAUUUUUUUCUCAGUGUAGACAUGAUUCAUCCCCAUUGUCUCCUCAAUUAAAAAGGAAAUUUUCCAAGAUAGUCUCUUCUCCAAUUUUAAUGGAAAAACAAAAGGAAAACAAUGAUAUCCUCACUUUAUAUGAAGACCCAGAUUGCAAGGACAGCAGUGAAUGUGGUUAUAUUGCAAGCCAUAAAAAUACAGCAGUCCUGAUUUCUCCAGCUACGCCUCCAUCCAUUGAUCUAACUCAACCAAAAUCUUACGAAAGGCUGUCUCAGUCGAAUAUCAGAUCUCAGAACUCCCCAUCACAAGUGAAUAAAGAUGAUGAUGUUAUCCUUUUGUUGGAUUCAGAUGAAGAAAUGGAGCUAGAACAGACCAAAAUGAAACCAGUUUCUGAUAGUCCCUGUAGAGAAAGAAAAACACCCAGAACCUUUGUAGGCAAAGGCAAGGAAGUGAAGCAUAGUCUCAAAGCAUCUAAACCUUUUCUAAUAAUUGAUAUUGAUAGUGAUCCUCCAAGGUAUUCUCAAGGCUCAAUAGCCACAGAAGUUGGGAUACAUACAGAUGUUCUCAGUGAGAUGCAGUCACACAGUAAGGAGAAGAGCUGUUUGGAUGAUGAGUUGGAUUUUAGGCCAGUCAGCAGACAUGAGGAAAGCAGUACCACAGACACUUCAUGGUUGGUUCCAGCCACUCCUCUCACUAACAGAAGCCAUGACUGCUCAUCCCACAUGCGAAUCACAAGCAUCAUCUCUAGGCCGUGUGUUUCUAAUUUUCAGGAUAAAGUUUUACAGGGCAAGACUAAAGUCCUAAUAGAAGAUAAAGAUGUUAAUGAAAUAACAGACAAAGACUCUAUAAAUGGACCUAUGACAUCAUCUCAUCUGAUAUCCAUUACUUCAGAAACCAAAUCACUCUCAGAAACCUCAGUCAAUGAGAGAUAUUCUUAUAGAAGCCCUACAAUUCAAUAUUCAAAUGUUAAUAAGAACCUUUCUACAGUAGAACCAAUUCAGAUUUCACCUGAGCAUGCUGAUUUAGUUAAACAGUCUCUGGAAAGCCCAUCAUCCCAGUCAAGGCUUUCUUCUGCUGAUGACAAACCUGUAAUGAUCCAAAAUGUGUGUAGUGAAGUGGUAGAAGUUGUGGAUAGUGAAGAAGAGCAAGAUCUUGAUCCUUGUCCUCUAAGUAGCAGCUUACUACUAAACAGUGACCCCCCAAUUCCAGUUGAUGAUGACUGCUGGAAUAUUGAACCUCUCUCACCAAUUCCAAUUGAUAAUUUGAACUUAGAGAGGACUGGCCACCCAAGUACUAGUAGUCCCAACAAUAAAGUGUGUGAAACUCUAAACAGGGAGAGAAACUCCCCUGGAACCCUGAGCAGCACUUCUGUUUGUGGAAGUCCUAUGGACAAAAGAAGAUCUUUACAUUAUAAUGAAAAGAGAUCCUCCUGUGCAGGUUCACCUGGAAAUAGUAAUGUAAGCUAUUUGAAUUCAGCUCUGUGGGAUGAUUGGGAUGGAGAACAAAAAUCUACAGAAAUUCUUCCUUUGGCUAAAAGAUUGUCAAAUGAGGAAUCAAGUCAAGAAUUAGAAAUGUUAAAGACUCCAAAAGUUGCUAAUCAGAAGAUUAAUAGACCUCCCAAAGUUCCUAUAACUCCAAUGCCAAGUUAUUCUAUCAUGGAAACACCAGAAUUAAAGAAAGAAUUGAAUAGAUUUGGAGUUCGUCCUCUCCCCAAACGCCAGAUGGUACUGAAACUAAAGGAGAUUUUCCAGUACACCCACCAGAUCCUGCCAUCUGACUCUGAGGAUGAAAUUCAGGCUUUGCAGGCAUCCCCUAAAUUGAUGGCAGAGCCUUGCUGCCUGACUCAGACAACUUCUCAAGUCAAGACUUCAGGAGCAGUGAGUGAGUUACCGCCAGCUUCCUCCAGCUGUGCACUGCCCAGUGUAGAGGGUAGUCAGUCAGAAGUUUCAGAGAACUUAUCCAGCAUUAGUCACCAAAGGCUAAAGAAUCUCUCUAAAAUCCGAAGCAGAAGGAAGCGGCGACAUAAAGCCAUCGUAACCCUAACACAGCCACCACCUGAAGAUGUACACCUAGACCCUACCAGUGAUAAUCAUCUCUCAAUGUCUCAGAAAUCCAUUGCUUCUUCUACAGAUGAAAGUGAAAACUCCUUUGGUUCACAAAGUUCUAUUGCCAGUGAGUUUGAAACAGUCUUUGAAUCUGAAGGAGAAGAAGAGGAAGGGAUCACUGCUUCUCAAGCUGCUGCUCAGGUGGCCGACAAAGAGGAGGCAGUAAGACGCUACAUCCGAUCACAUCCAGCCCUUUACCAGAAGAUUCUCCUUUACCAGCCCUUUGAGCUUGCUGACUUUCAGGCAGAACUGAAGCAGAAUGGCAUUAAAUUUGCCAUGGGAAAGCUAUUAGAUUUUCUGGAUGCUCACUGCAUUACUUUUACCACAGCUGGAUCCAGAAAAGAAAAGUUGAAGAAGAAAUUGCAGCCAGGUGCCAAAAAAAGGGGGAAACACUAUUGAUGGGGGCCACCCCUUUCUCUUCUGCAUUUGCCCAUCACUAGCCUGGAGCUCUCGUAAUUCUCGGGAUCUGAGUCUCUUGUCAGAACUUACUCAGGGAGUUGCUCAUCUGCCCACAGAUAGUCAAGCAGCUGGAAAAGCAAGAUAUCCCACUGCAUAAUAAGUAGCCCCCCUGAGAUUCCUGUGACUCAAGUUUGUUUGGUUUGUGUGAAAUUUCUCUAAAGGAAUAGCAGACUACUUGACAUGAAUUUUUAACUCAUUUGGAGACUUAUCCAAAGUGCAGAGCAAAAGGAAGUAUUAUACACUUGGACUUCUGGAUUUAUCUCUUAAUAGAUACUUUACUUGAAUCCAAGAAGAGCCUUUUAUUAUUUCCAGUGAGUUGUAAGCAGCAAAGGAACAAGUCAGAGGUAGUUGCAUUUCAUUCCAUCUCAUAAUUUGGUUGAGAAGUGAGGAGACUAGCACAUCCUCUUUUCUGGAGUAUACACAUAGCCUUGAUCUCUUGUCUCCCCUGUCACUCUACCUGCACAGAGGAGUACUGGAAUUUUUCAUCACCAGGAAGCCAUGUGUUUGAAUCCUUCCUCCCAAAUUGACUCUUCCUCUAAUCUGGUAUUUAGUACCUUCUCUUCUCACUUCCCUUCUCCCCCAAAGGGGCAUUUUUAGAUGCUAACCUUUCUUGACCGUCUGUCUUUUUGUGAUGUUUGCCUUGUCUCCAGAAGUCUCUUUCUUUCUCUCUUUUUUUGUUUUUAAGCUUUCAAAUGUUUUCAUCACUGUUUUGGAUAAUGGAAUUCCAGUAUAGAAAAGAAAGUUUGCGUAUUACCAUUUUACAACUGGGAAAUGGAUUUGCUGAAAAUGUCUUCAAACUGGCAAAGGCUAAGAAAAACAACCUGUUGAGAUUCUUUCAUGUGAGACAUAAUAUAAAGAAUUGAAAGAAAGAAAGAAAUUUAAAGAAAAUUAAAGGGAAGAAAUAAGAAGCUAAAUGUAAGAUCCAGAAUGAUCUGUUGCUUCUGUUGGGUUUUAUCUUUUUCUUUCCUUUUGGAUCUCUUCUCAUUUUGCAGUAACUUUGUCAUUAGAUCUACUGUUUUUAUCCAGUCCUCUUUCUUUUUAAUCUUUUGUCUCGUCCUACACUCAAAUUUUGCCUCCAACUUCUGGGUAUUUUCUGCAUUUAGGAAUGGAAUCACCAGAACUUCAGGUAAAGGACUUUAAUCAGGAGGGUCGACAUGUGUGUUCCAGAUCCAGGCCUUGUCCCUUCCUGUCUUAGGCUUUAGUUCUACCUACAAUCUUAUUAUAUAAUGAUUUGCACCAAUCUUAGAUUUUAUCCUUUUUCAUUAUGAAGAGAAUUAUCUCUUUGUCCUUGUGUUUUAGCAACUUUUUGUUCCUUAUGCUUUCCAUCCCUGAAGGUCAUUCUUGGAUACAAAUGCUUCCUUGCUCACAUCUUAAAGAGUUCUUCCUUCUUCCUCUUUCUUUUUUCAAUGUGGGUCUUGACUCAUUUGCAUUCUCACUCGAGGUAUUUUUGAAACUGGCUUGGGAUACCUCCUUGCACUGCCUGCUUGUGCAUGUGAGAACUCCAUGUAAAUGGCAGACUAGCAGCGCUGAGCAGUUGACCGUUUAUGACUCCAUAGAAUCAGCCCCUGUAAGAGAAUGUUAGGGGUUUUUUAUGACCUGUAAAAUGGUGAAGACAAAAAUGUAGUAUAAUAGAUUAGAAAAGAAGGGAAGAUUUGAUGUCUGUAAUCAGUAUUAAUGUUUUUGUCUGUUUUGUAAAUAGCAUAAUUUGAAUUUUGUGUGAUAUAAAAUUUUAAAAAAUGCUUUAUAAGAAUUGUUUAGAUGUUGAGCUUCUCACAAACUUAUGGCUUUUCUGCUUUCUAUAGGAAGUUAUUCUGGAACUUUCCUUCAUGCUUUUGUAAUAAGGAGCUCCCCUGAGUCUAUCCCACUGCCCUCUCCGAUCUAUCGAAUCUUCAUCAUAAGUGUAGCUAACAUGCUGAGACUUAAAAGAGUUACAACUUUCCAGAAUAGCAAAUGUCAGAGCCAGGAUUUAACCUUGGUUUUCCCAAUUCCAACUUCAGUGUUUUUCACCACUACACAAAAUGCCUCAUCUCACCACAUUUCUUUGUGGUCUCAUUAGGAAAGAUCCGAAAACAGUUUUUUGUUCUAGGGUCUCAGAGAACAUCAUAAUUAAAUAUGUGCAUGUCAGUUCUGUUAUUCAGAAAAAACAACUUCCCUUCCCUCUUGGAGCUCCCCUUCACAAUGAUAUAAAUACUUCAAAGUGAAAUUACAAAUUAAUAUAUUAGGAAACAGUGACUGGACUUAAAAGGGAACUCCAAAUGAGAAUACUUCCAAUGUAGGUUGACACCUUCUCUGUAACUUCGAAUAUUAGAGAAUUCCUAGAGUGAUUUGUUGAGACUUACACAGCCAGCAGAUUUCAGAGAUGAUGUAGUAGACAGAGUCCUCAAGUCAAGGAAGACUUGAAGUCAAAUUUUAUCUCUUACAUGGCAUUUCCUAUAACUCAAAAGAUUUUUUUAAAAGGUAUUUAGAUUUGGAUUUAAGGUUUGAAGGUUCUCAGCCUGAGUGAAGUACAAAUACCUCUAGCCUAUCUCCACUGAAAGAACCUACAAGCCCUGGAGGCAGCUGGAUUGAGAGGUAACCUCAACCUCAGUUUCUUACAGACUGUAUGUGUGAAGGGCAGACAUUUGAGCUGGGAAAGAGUGAAGAACCCUCUGCUUUUGAGGGAUGGCAGGCCCAGCUGUGCUGCUGAGAUUGGGUUCUGCUGCAGCUGAAGGCAAGAAGGAGCCAGCACAUAGCCGGUGACUGCAGAUGUGGUGGGGUGGGUAUGCUACUGGCUGUGGGCACUUACAGAAGAGCUGAGUUCUUGAUCUCAUUUCCAGGCCAGAGGAAAGAACUGAAGGUUAUAGCCAUUGGAAUGUCCUCAGGGAGCAAGACCAUUUCCAGCAUAGUGUGACUGAGGGCCCUAGCUGUGGCUUAGGAAGGGAAAGAAGGGCAAGGUUGAGCCCUGGACAAAGCUCAGUAAGAAAGAUCUAAGGCCAGAGGCACCAUUUCCCAUGGCCUGGGAUUAGAGAUGAUCAUAAUAACAAACUGCUAAAAAUAAAAAGUAAAAAUGAGUAGGCAAAGGGAAAAGAAUCAUAGCCAGCUACUAUGAGGAUAGAGAAGAACUGGAUUCAUUUUUAAAUGAGGAUACUGAAGCAAAAAAAGCUUCUCUUACUCCAAAGAGUAAGAUCAAAUAGUCUUGUGCCCAAAAAGAGUUCUUGGAAGGAGUUUAAAAGGCCUUUAAAAAUCAAAUAAGAGAAAUUGAGGAAAUAUUGGGAACAAAAAUAAGAAAAUCUAAGAAAACCAAGACUUAAAGUCAACCAACUAGAAAAAGAUCCAGAAUCUUAUGGAAGAAAACAAUUCUUUGUAAACUUGUUCUUGGACAAAGGGAAGUGAAUGAUUUAAGAAACCAAGAAAUAAUAAAACAAAAUAAAAAGAAUGAAAGAAAUAGAAGAGAAUGUGAAACGUCUCAUAAGAAAAUAACUGAUGAGAACAUAUUAGGAAGAAAAAACAUAACAAUUCCUGGGCUACCUGAAAAUUACGAUCAGAAAAAGAAUCUUGAUACCAUAUUAAAAGAAAUAUUUAAAGAAUAUUGCCCUAAAGUUUUAGAACAAGAGGAGAAAGUAGCAAUAGAAAAAAAAAAUCUACCAAUGACUACCUGAAAGAGAUCCUAUCAUGAAAGCCUUCAAGAAUAUCAUAAUCUCAAAACCUCUAUGUUAAGAAGAUAAUAUUAUCAGUAACUAGAAAAAGUCAAUUCAGAUCACAGUUAGAAUUAUAUAAGAUCUAGAAGCUGCCACACUAAAAGACCAUUGGAACACUAUAUAUCAAAGAGCAAAAGAACUAGGGCUAUGACCAAAAAUAACUUAUUCAGCAAAGUUAAGUAUAAUCCUGAACAACAACAAUUAAAAAAGAAAAGAUAUUCAAUGAAUUGACAGACUUUCAGAUUUCUGUUGCAAAAAGAUCAGAACCUAAUACAAAAAUUAAAACAUAAGAUCCAGGAGAAAUAUAAGGUAAACAUCAAAGACUAAUUACAAAGGAUUCAAUAAGGGCAAACUGUUUACUUUUUAUAUACAGAAAUAUGAACUGUAUUCUUAAGACUGUCAGUAAUUGAGUAGUUCAAAAGAAAGAUUGGGGAUGAGCUGAGUAUGAUGUGAUUCUAAAAUGCAAAAUUGUGUAGGAAAAGAUAAAAAGAGCCAUUACCUCGUUAGUGCAAGAAAAAGAACUGGAUUCAGGUGGGGGUAGAGGGCCAGUAGUCCUGGAACUUGACUCUCAUCAGAUCUAGAUUAAAGAAGGAAUAAUAUAUACACCUGAAAGGAUAUAAAAAGUCUUCUAAAUUUAUAAAGAAAUAAAGAGGAUAAGGGAACAGGAUAAUAGGAGAAUAGCAGAAUAGAUUAAAAGUCAGAAUUGGACAUCGUGCUACUUAGAAGAAACACAUUAAGAAGAAACAGUUAAAGGUUUGGAGUAGAAUGUAUGCAAAAAAAAAAAAAAAACAAACAGGUAGCAAUCAUAUCAAAGUCAAAGCUAAAAUAGAUUUAAUUAAAAGAGAUAGACAGGGAAGCUACAUAAUUAAAAAAUACUGUAGAUUGUGAAGCAAUGUCAAUACUACCCGUGUUUUCCCGAUAAUAAGAUCUAUCCCAAAAAUAAGCCCUCCCCUUACUGUGUAAGAUUCUUCUAAAAUAAGCCCUCCCCCGAAAAUAAGCCCUAUUGAGAUUGCUACGUAGUGAAGGUGAUCCCCUGCGCUACCCGCUACAUUACGGUACCCUCUGUAUGCACCGUCCCCUCCUCCCCCUGGUGAAACGCACGCCGCGCUCCGAGCUGCAUCCAAUCAGAGCUGCAGCAGUGAGCACUUCAUUCUGUUCUUCCCCAGUGAUUUGCUUGCUGGCGCCAUUGAGAGCAAUGAAACGGAGGAGGGCUGAGGCAGGACAACAUAAAAACCCGGUAUGUAAGCGGGAGUGAGGGGUCAUGAUGGAGGAUAAAAGAAGAACUCUUUUUUUUUAUUAAAAUUGCUGUCAAUGUUCAUUAAAAUAAGCCCUCCCCUGAAAAUAAGCCCUCUGGUGUUUUUCUGUCCAAAAAAAUAAUAAGACAGUGUCUUAUUAUCAGGGAAACACGGUAGACUUAUAUGCACCAAAUACCACAGCAUCUAAAUUUUUUUUAAGCAUCUAAAUUUUUAAAAGAAAAAUGAAUUACAGAUGGAAAUAGAUAGUAGUACUAUAAUAGUAGGGGAUUUUAAUUUUACCCUCUCAGAACCAGAUAAAUCUAACACUUUAGAUAAACUAGAUAUGAUAGAUAUCUGGAGAGAAUUAAAUGAAAAUUAAAAGGAACACAUCUUUUUCUCAGUGGUAAAUGGUGCCUUAACAAAGAUUGAGCAUAUCUUAGGGCACAAAAAUUUCAUGGCUAAAAGCAGAAAUGUUAAAUGCUUUCUUGAUAGACCACAAUGCAACAAAAAUUGCUUUUAAUAAAGGACUGGAAACAUAGUGGGGAGGAGGGAAGCCAAUUAGAGAUUAAACAACCUAAUUUUAAAGAAUGUAUGGGUUAAAGAACAAAUAAUAGAAAUAAUCAUUAAUUUCUUUUUUUCCCAUUAAUUUCAUCAAAGAAAAUGAUAAUAAUGAAACAGCAUAUCAAAACCUAUGGAAUACAGCAAAAGCAAUAAUUAGAGAAAAACAUAUCUCUUAAGUGCUUAUAUCAAUAAAAAAAGAAAAAGCAGACCAAAAAAUUGGAUAUGCAAUUUUUUAAAAAUGCAGAAAAAAUAACAAAUUAAAAAUCCUCAAUUUAACCCUAAAUUGGAAAUCCUAAAAAUGAAAGGUAAAAUCAAUAACAUUGAGUGUAAGAAAACCAUUGAAUUAAUAAAUUAGUAUUAUGAUAUUAUGAAAAAGUCAAUAAAAUAGAUAAACCAUUGGUUAAUAAUUUUUAAAAGAAAACAUUAAAUUACUAGUAUCAAAAAAGAGGAUGAAAUCAAAGCAAUUAUAUACAAUUAUAAGGAGUUAUUUUGCCCAAUUAUAUGUCAAUAAAUUUAACAACUUAAGUAAAGUGGAAGAAUAUUUACAAAAAUACAAACUGUCUUAGAUUAGAAGAAGAGGAAAUAAAAUAUCUAAAUAGAUCUAUUUUAGAAAAAAGAAAUUGAAUAAGCCAUAAGUGAGCUUCCUAAAAAAAAAUACCAGCAGCAGAUGGAUUUAUAAGUGAAUUCUAUCAAACAUUUAAGGACUAAUUAAUUUCAUUAUUAAAUUAUUUGAAAUAAUAGGCAAAGAAGUGAUUCUAGCAAAUUCCUUUUAUGAAACAAAUAUGAUACUGAUUCUUAAACCAGGAAAGACAAAAACAAAGAAAUUUUACUAAUAUAGAUGCAAGAAUCCUAAAUAAAACUAUUACAACAAUAUUCAGGAAUAGUUUAAUAUAAGGAAAAAUUUAACAUAAUUAUAUCAAUAAUAAAAAUAACAAAAAUCAUUAUCAACAAAUGCAGAAAAAGCAUUAAAAUUCAUUUCUAUUAAGAAUGAAAAUAAAGGCAUAAAUGGACUUUUUCUUAAGUUGAUAAGAGACAUUUUCCUAAAACCAUUAGCAAGCAUUAUUUGUAGUAGAGAUAAAUUAGAAACCUUCCCAGUAAGACCUGUUGUGAACAAAGAUGCCCAUUGUCACCAAUAUUAUUCAAUAUUGUAUUGGAAAUUCUAGCAAUAGCAAUAAAAGAAGAAAAAGAAAUAAAAGGACUCAGAAUAGGGAAUGAGAUAAUAAAACUUUCUUUUCUUGCGGAUGAUAGGAUGAUAUACUUGAAAAAUCCUAAAGACUCAACUAAAAUUUAAUUGAAAUAAUAAUUUCGGCAAAGUAGCAGAAUGUAAAGUAAAUCCACAUAAAUUAACAGCAUUCCUAUAUAUCACCAACAGGAUUCUGCAGCAAGAGGUAGCUAGAUAAUAUUCCAUUUUAAAAUAACUAGACAGUACAAAGUGCCUGGGUAUACAUCUAUCAAAAGAAAUCCAGGAUCUGUAUGAACAAAACCAUAAAAAAACUUUUUGCACAAAUGAAAUCAGAUUUCAAUAAAUGGACAAAUAUUAAUUGUUCAUGGAUAUACAGAGCCAAUAUGAUAAAAAUGACAAUUUUACCAAAAAUAGUAUUCAAUGCUAUCCCAAUUAAAUUAUCAGAAAGUUAUUUCAUGGAACUAGAGAAAUUAAUAAAAUUCACUUGGAAGAACAAGAGGUUAAGAAUAUCAAAAGAUAGAAGGGAGAAAUGUAAAGGAAGUUUAGAAGUACCAGAUCUUAAAUUAUGAGGCAGUAAUUAUCAAAACUAUCUGGUACUGGCUAAGAAAUGGAAAGAUAGAUUAGUGGAAGAGAAUAGGCAAUCUAUAGCAGCAAAAGAAUAUAGUAACUCUGUAUUUGACAAGUAUAAAGUCUUAAGUUUUUGGAAUAAGAAUUCAUUAUUUGGUAAAAAUUGUUAGAAAGCUAGGAAGCAGUCUGGCAGAAAUUAACAUAGAACAAUAUCUUGCAUCAUUUACUAAGAUAAAGUCGAAAUAAAGGGAGAUAUUAGAAGAAAAUUUGAAGAACUUGGAAUGUAUUACCUAUCAAUCAGACUUAUGAAUAGGUCAAUGAUUUAUGAACAAACGAGAUAGAAAGUAUUCUGAGAUGUAAAUUAAAUAAUUUUGCUUAUAUUGUUAAAAAGGUUUUGUACAAAUUACAAAUUACAAAUUAAUUAAUUUGUAUUAAUUGUAUUAAUUAAGUAAAUGUAGCCAAGCUCAGAAGGAAAAUGGAUGUCAGGGUAGGGUGCAGGGAGCAGGAAUUUAUAGACAGUACCUCAGAUAAAUGUGUCAUUUCUCAAUUUCAUGAAAAACUUUGGGGAAUGUGAAUCAUUCCCCAAUUGAUAAAUGGUCAAAAGAUACGAACAAGCAACUUUCUGAUAAAAUAUAAACAAUUUAGUCACAUAAAAAUGCUCCAAAUCAUUAUUGAUUAGAGAAAUGCAAAUUAAAACAAUCUUGAAAUACCAUUCUACACCUAUCAGAUUGGCUAAAAUGAUAGAAGGGAAAAGUGACAGGUGUUGGAAGGGAUAUGGAAAAACUGGGACUUCAAUUCAUUGUUGAUGGAUCUGUGUGCUUAUCCAACCAUUUUUGAGAAAGAUUUUGAAUUUUGAGAAAGAACUGAGUUAUUAAACUGCCUACCUUGGAUCCAACAAUACAGCUAUAAAGUCUUAUUUUUCAAAUUGAUUAGGGAAAAUGGAAAAGAGCCUACAUGUUAUAAAAUGUUUCCAGCAGCUUUCUUUGUGGUGAUAAAUAACUAGAAUUGUAGGGAUGGCAGCCAAUCGGGGAAUGAAAUUAUGGUAUAUUUGUGAUGGAAUAUUACUUUGCUAUAACAAAUGAUGAGCUCAAUGAUUUUAGAAAAGCAUGGACAAAUCUACAUAAAAUAAUCGAGUGAAAUGAGCAGAAAAAAGAGUAUUAUUUUAAAAACAACUUUAAACAAUCAAAUCAUUCUGACUAAACACCCAAAUUAACUGCAAAGAUCCUAUGAAGGAAGGUGCUGUUUGAAUCCAGAAAAAAGAAGUAUAUAUCUAUAGUGUGUGUGUGUGUGUGUUUAUGUAUGUAUAUGUAUAUGCAUAUGUGUGUGUUAUCUAUAUAUGCCUACACAUUUGUGUCUAAUGGAAACUAUCUUAAAGUUUAGGUUGGGGGGAAGAGAAAAAAAUAUAGAAAGUCAUAAACUUUCUUGUAUAUUUGAAAGGAAUAGCUAGUUGUAUAUAAUGGAUCUGCAAUUUCAGGUGCAAUCCUCUGUUUUUGUAUCCCACUUUGUUAUGGAAAUGUUUGUUUAUUUCUUAAGUUCAGAAUAAAAUAAAUUUUUCAAAAUUUAAAAA